AUGGGUGUAUUUAGUACUGAGGUAAUUUUUUUGUACUACACUUUCUUGAAUGUAGUCGUCCCCUGCGAUAUACGGGCAAGUGGGAGGCUAAGUUUCCAAGAAUUGGCAACAAAAUACGGACAUCCUCCUCAAGAGUACCAAGUCAAUACUGAAGAUGGAUACAUUUUGACUCUCCAUCGCUUUCCUGGAAGUCGCGAUAUACCUGUCCUACUUCAACACGGCACACUGGAUUCUUCUGCGACAUGGAUCCUGAGAGGAAACGACUCACUAGGCAUUACUUUGGCUAAUGCCAAUUAUGACGUGUGGAUGAGUAAUCUUAGGGGCAACACGUACUCAAGAAAACAUACAAACUUAGACCCCGAUAAAGAUGCGGCCUUUUGGGAUAUCGAUUUGGACCAUUUUGGAAUAUACGACUUAUCGGCUAUCAUAGAUUUCAUUCUUCAAGUUACUGGCGCUAAGAAACUUAAUGCUAUUGGCCACUCAGCAGGGAACACGGUCUUUUACGUGCUCGGAUCUAACCGACCGCAAUACAACAGUAAAAUAAAUGUUUUAAUAGCCCUCGCUCCAAUAGCUUAUUUUCAUAGUCCUCACAAACCAGUGGCUUGGCUAAGUAAGAACGCAGAAAUCAUUAACAAUAUUCUGUUAGCAUUCAAUAUACAUGAGCUAUUUGGUGAAACUGUACUGCAGCAAAAGCUCGCAAAAUUGAUUUGCUCCCAGCCUGAUAUAGGAUACGAAAUUUGUAUGAAUAGUCUGCUUUUUCCACUCGUAGGUUUUGACAAUGAGGAGAUAAGUUCAGAAUUCAAUCCGAUAAUAUUCGGACAUUUUCCCGCGGGAUUUCCAAGGAAGACCUUGAUACAUUACUCGCAAAUUUUUAAAAGAAAAAGUUUCGGACCAUUUGAUUACGGCCAUGAUAACGUAAAGUAUUACAAUCGCACACGCCCACCAAGUUACAACCUGAGCGCAGUGUCGAUGAGGAUUAUUUUGAUAGCCGGUCAAAACGAUAAGUUGGCACCACUCAAAAACGUUAACCGUUUGCGAAAAAACCUCCCUAAUGUGGUUAAAUAUAUCGUUCCUUCUCAGAAACGGUUCAAUCAUUUGGAUUUCACUUGGGGAGAGCAUACAAAAUUGAUAUUGUUCCCGAUUAUUUUCGACGCAUUAGAAAAUAAUAAUUACUGA